GAUCGAGCUGUGCCGCCUCCGCGAAGGAGUGAGGGCGUAUAUAAGGCAGGAGCUCCUCACGCCAUGACAGCCUUUGAUAUGUACUGUAACAACACCAACGUUCUUACCGAGAGCCUCUUCAUAUUCCUCAACAGUUUUCCUCCUGGAACUUAUCUGGAGGAAACUCUUGAUCAACCUCUGGAUCUUUCUAUCAAACGCGCCUCCGAUUAUCAUGAUAGUGACUCAAAUAGCAACAGUAGCAAUAGCAGUGACAGUAGCUAUGGCAAUGAGGACCGCGUUGAUGAAGAGUCAGAGAGGGCUGAGGAUUUGCGCCUCUACAAUCUUUUGCGUGAAAAUACAAGCAUUAAUGAAAUGCAUCUGAAGAAUCGAAACACACCUGUUCUGUGGCAAUUCCUCCUAAUGUGUCUUGGCAGCAGGCAGUGCAAUCCGAGUCUGAUUGAGUGGAUCUCGAGAGAGACUGCCACCUUCAAAUUGACGAAUGUCAACGCUCUGGCAAACCUCUGGGGUCAGAUUAAAAAGCGACCAAGGAUGAAUGCUGAUCACUUCAAGCGCUCUUUGAGAAGGUGCUACAAAACUGCCCUGGAUGGAGCUGUGGAUGGCGGAUGGCAUCACAUGGCUAUCGGAGAGCUUUCAAGCAUUUGUGCACUUAGUGAGCACGCAAUGGGCGAGUUACUUUACGCCUCACUAGAGCCGCUGAAUUGGGUGGAGAACAACACGAUCCUUAGGUUUACCGCCAAAAUUCUCAAUCGACUGGCUGCCGUGAAGCAGAAUCCUGAAGACUAA